CCUCCUGCUCCAGCCCGGGGUGAGAACAAGGCGUGCCGUCGGAUCCCUUGCUGCGUAGAGAGAGUUCAGCAGGGAGGCUGCAGGCGCUGCGCUCCGGAACGUGCUCGGUGCGCCCCAGUCCCGUCCCCGGGGGAAGCAGCAAAGCAGCAGCAGCCGGCGCGCGCGGCUCUUGCACGUCGCCUCUGCUCCUGGCACGCUUGCAAAAGCCUGGCCCGCCUCUCUGGAGGCGACUAGCUGGGCCGUCCUUCUGCAGAAGAGAGAGCGAGAGGGGUUGGCGAGGUGGAAAGCAAGCAGGAACCUUUGCUGCUUUGCAAAGGUGUGGAUCUGCGUGGAAAGGGUUAUAGUUUUUACAACUGCUGGUACUUCUGUGUGGCCUUCUGCCUCACUCCAUUCCUGCCACGUGAGGAGGCUUGCGUUCAACUUCUGCUGCUGGAAGUUGAUCCACCAUAGGUUCCUUCAUUUGUAAUACUGGCUACUUCAGCCCCCACCCGAGCAAAGCCACUCUCCCACCGAUAUGGCGGAAGAAGACCUUAUCUUUCACAUGGAAUGCUUCGAUAACACCAAGCCAGCGAAAGCAGUCUCUGGGAAUUACCACGACACCGAUAGCGAGGAUGAAGAUGAUUACUAUAUCUGCCCGAUAACAGAUGACCCUGUUGCAAACAAGGCAGCUGGUGACAAAGUCAGCAACUAUUACACCAACUUGAUGAAAAAUGAGCUGUAUUCAUCCAGCGCUUCUCCUAGGAGUUCUUUUGACAUCAAGAAUGGCACUCAGCAGCAUUUUAAGCAUGGCUCUGCCGUUGACCAUAGCUGGCAAGCCUGGAAGCACGCCAUUGAGAAAGCCAAGCACAUGCCUGACCCAUGGGCGGAAUUUCAUCUGGAGGACAUUGAAACGGAAAACGCAACACGUUACAGAUACAAUGCUGUUACUGGAGAGUGGGUCGAGGAUGAGGUUCUGAUCAAAAUGGCUUCACAGCCUUUUGGCCGUGGAGCAAUGCGGGAAUGCUUCAGAACGAAAAAGUUAUCUAAUUUUUUACACACUCAUAACUGGAAAGGUGCCUUUAACUAUGUUGCCAAGAGAUACAUAGAAACCGUCAACAGGGAUGUCUACUUUGAGGACGUGCGACUCCAAAUGGAGGCCAAGCUGUGGGGAGAAGAGUAUAAUCGUCACAAGCCCCCCAAGCAGGUGGACAUAGUCCAGACCUGUAUCAUUGAAAUGAAGAACAGACCUGGCAAGCCCCUGUUCCACCUGGAACAUUACAUCGAGGGCAAAUACAUCAAGUACAACUCAAACUCAGGAUUUGUGCGAGACGACAACAUCCGCCUCACCCCGCAGGCUUUUAGCCAUUUCACGUUCGAACGCUCGGGACACCAGCUGAUUGUCGUUGACAUCCAAGGAGUCGGAGAUCUUUACACAGACCCUCAGAUCCACACAGAGAGUGGCACAGACUUUGGCGAUGGCAACCUAGGUGUGCGAGGGAUGGCCUUGUUCUUUCAUUCUCAUUCCUGCAACAAGAUUUGCAAAAGCAUGGGACUGACACCUUUUGACCUCUCCACCAAAGAGAAAGAUGCCUUAUUUCGAAGUAAUAAAUUGCUUGAAAAUGCUCAGACCGUUCUGCGAGGCACAGAAGAAAAAUGUGGCAGCAGCCGUGUCAGAACCGUCUCUGGCAGCCGGCCUCCUCUGCUUUUCCGUUUGUCCGAAAACUCUGGAGAUGAGAGCAUGAGUGAUGUGGCCUUCGACUCGUUGCCCUCUUCACCUUCUUCAGCGACACCCCACAGCCACAAAACUGAACAUCUGCACUGGCCGGUAUUCAAUGAAGUGGAUAACUUGGUUCAUGAUGGCCUUGACAAUCAACGGGACUCUGAAAAUGGAGGUGACAGUGGAUACCCCAGCGAAAAGAGGAGUGAACAAGAAGACAUGGAUCACCGAGAAAAAGGGCAUUCCAAUUGCAACCGGAGACAUGAACCUGACGAAGACAGUUUGGGCAGCUCUGCACGGGUCAGUGUGGAGAAAUGGAAUCUCUACAACGCUUCCAGAGUUCACAUUCACAGACCCUCCUGUGUGGCGGUGGAAGUGCAGAGACUCAAUGCCUUGGAGCUUGAGAAGAAAAUUGGGAAGUCCAUCCUUGGGAAGGUGCACUUGGCCAUGGUUCGUUAUCACGAAGCGGGCCGUUUCUGUGAGAAAGACCAGGAGUGGGAUGAGGAAUCGGCCAUUUUUCACCUGGAGCAUGCAGCUGACUGCGGAGAGCUGGAAGCCAUUGUUGGCUUAGGGCUCAUGUACUCCCAGCUGCCCCAUCACAUUCUCUCUGAGGUCACGCUAGAGGACAUCAAGGAAAAUAGAAGCAAAGGGUUUGAUUAUUUACGCAGAGCAUCAGAAGCAGGUGACCGUCCUUCCAUGAUUCUUGUUGCUAGAGCAUUUGAUACAGGCAUGAGCCUUCCUCCUGACAGGUGCCAGGACUGGAAGGAAGCCAUACAUUGGUACAAUUCGGCAUUGAACAUGACAGAUUACGACGAAGGAGGGGAAUACGAUGGGACCCAGGAUGAGCCCCGGUAUCUACUCCUGGCAAGGGAAGCCGAGAUGUUGAUGACUGGAGGGUUUCAUCUAGACAAGGACCCACAGAGAUCAGGUGAGCUGUUUACUGAAGCUGCGGAAGCUGCUAUGCAAGCCAUGAAGGGGAGAUUGGCCAACCAGUACUACCAGAAAGCAGAAGAGGCCUGGGCCAUGAUGGAGGAAUGAAACUUGAACAAAGGCUGUUUCCGUGUGUGUGUGUGUGCGCGCGCGCAUAUCAGUAUAGAUGCUUUUUUAAAAGACUUAUUUUGUGCAAGGUGCACGGGGGGUGGGAGGAAAUUUCAAAAAAGGUUUUUUUAUGUGGUGUUAACUGAUAAUUGUGUUUUUCAUAUGACAAUUUUUCUAACUCUGUUGGAACAGAAAUACAAAGCAGGAGCGGUGAAAUAUACUGUUACUGACAUUCAGAGAUGCAAUAUCAGUUGCUGUUGAUAAUUUUGUACAAAUGGUCCAACCAGGGACGCCUGUCUCUUCAUUUGGAAGAAAUAAAGCAGACAUCCACUUUUAUGGUAGGCACAAUAGAAAGUUGCUUCAUGUUUUACUUCUAUCUCUGCCUCCCUCUAUUAGGAAAUGCAGAUAUUUUUGCAUUUGGCUCUCUUUUGUUAGAAAUGCAUGCUUGUUAUUGGUUCAAGAUUUGAUCCUCCAGUCUAGGACAUAAUAGAUGUGAGGGACUGGGGAAGGUGGCCCUUCUAUCCCCACAGUUCUUGACUCUAUGGUGACAGGCAGGAAGGCAGUCUGGGACCUCCUUCCUUUGAACUUGGAAGAAGCUGUAAAUUAGGAAUACAUCCAAGGGUGACACUUUCUUCAUCGUACAACCUCUGUUGCCUAUUAAUCAUGGAGCCAGGAUGGUGGUAGACUCCUUGGUCUGUUGUCACAUGGAGCAAACCUUUCCCAAUUUCCUGCAGUCUGCUGAUUUUGUUUUUCCCCCUGCUCAAGCUUUUAAAAUUCUUUGAAAAGAAAAACCCUGAGAGGUGAUUCUCUCCAAUCUCAUCCUAUUCUGUGCUUUAGGAGCCAAUUCAAAUAUUCAAGAGGUCCGUGAGGAACAGUCCUCUUACAGAAAUGUUCCACCUCAGUGUUUACAUUUGAAAGUGCUGUGUAAGUCUCCCUGCAAACUGAGCUAGAAGCUUUCAGCCUGAUUCAUAAUACUUUCAUGACUUUGAAGAGUAAGGAGAUUUUGAUGUGAUGUUUUGAUCAAUCAGGCAAAUUAUAUUCCACAUUUUGUUUUGAGGAGAUGCAGCCUUGUGAGAGAGAACCCAUACCAUAUGCCUUUCUGUAUGUUUGAAUAAGUUCUUAAUGAACAAUGGAAAGACACUGAAGAACUGGAAGGAGAAACAAAAUUCUGCUCAUGACAUGUUGUUGCCAGGUUGUUGUUUUUGUUCAUUGUAAUAACUCAUCUAUCGUGAGAAAGGGACCUGGUAAAAAUGGAAUCCUGGGGUUUCAUGUCUUACUGCAAUUUAACACGAUGGCUUUCUUGACUCUCAGCCUUUACAUUAAAACUGGGAUACUGUUAAAGUCAAGCUGUC